AUGGCCGGCCAGCCCAUCGGGGACCACAGAAGUGCUUGCAUUGACUGGGCACUUCAGCUUGCAGUAGGUGCUGUGGAAGAGUUUCAGUGUGCUUUUGUUAGCUGUUCAUGGAUCAACAAUUUCAUUCUGGCUUUUGCCUCUUCAGUGUUCUCUUUCUGUUUUGAGACGUGGCUUGUGCUGGAGCAUGAGAAGCAAGACCAGAAGCAAGAUCUUCUGUUUAAUACAUUCUGGCUGAUGACAUUCUUUGAAUCGGUGUCCCUUAUUGGAAGUCAAGAAAUCACAAAUGUAUUCGUUAGUGAUGAUGACAGUAGAUUCUUGCUUCACUAUGCAUAUUGCAGCCACAAUAUCAGUAGUUGGAAUUCUGUAUAUCAGAAAUGCAUCAAGUACCAGUCACCAUGCGUCUGCCAUUGGGAGCUACCAAAAUCAUUUUUGCCCAUGUCCUCAGAGAAUGCUUGGAAGUGCUGGUUUUCCAUGGUUUUAUGGAGCCACGGCUCCUUCCGGAAUGAGGACAGCUUGACAAUGGCAUACAUUGGCGCUGGACUCGCCUUGUCCAUUGUGGCUUAUGAUUACCAGGAGAUUGGACCACUGGUGAUAGUGUUCUGCAUCUUCCAUGCAUGUGUGGGCUUUAUUUUGCCUUCACUAGCAAGAUUGAGAACAAUGUACCUACCAAAUGAGCUGCGUGGGGGCAUGAUGAGCUUUUCACUGUCGCUUGCAAAUGCGGCCAUCUUCAUUUUCUUGUUACAGGGAGCCCACCAUCGACGCGUCACAAAUUCAACCAUCCUGAGUCUUGCGUCCUAUGGUCUGUUAGGAGCUGGGGGUUGCAUUCAUAUAUUGAGGAGGUGGAGAAAGCACACUCCGGCAGAAUGCGCGUAG